AUGGCUCCUCAUGUCGCUGAGCUCCUCUUUGGCGUAGACGACAUUGUCUUCUACAUGGUCCUCGAAGCCUUCGCCUGGAGCACCCUCCUCGGCUUCGCCGUCUUCCUUGGCCACGUCUACCAGUCCCAGGGCCUCGCUGUCCACGCCAUCUCCUUCUUCAUCUUCUUCGAGUACUUCUGGGUCACUCGCUUCGGCUUCGGCUUAGAAUGGUGCCACUAUGACAUGAUCGAGUGCAUGCAACAGAUGGCCCGGCUUCUCCUCGAUGUGCUCCUGUUCCUCAAGUAUCGCCGCAUCGCCAUGGACAUGCGCAAGGAGCAGCAGAACCUCCCGCCGCAGAACCACCCGCUGCCUCCCAUGCUAAGCCGCCGCGAACGCCGCCAGCAGCAGCGCGAGCAGCAGCGCGAGCACCGUCGUGAGCACCGUCGUGAGCUGCAGCGCGAGCUGCGUCGCUGCCAGGGAAACCCUUCGCCUCGCAUCCAUGACGACGACAGGAUCUCGAUCAGCUCCACGGGCGACAACUCCAACGACUCUGCUACGAACGGAAUGCGCCAGAUUCGUGGUAAUGACAAGACGUCCGCUGCGGUGCGCGGUAGGAUCAUUCGGAGCCGUCAUGUACACAAGAAGCACUAUGUGGCCACCGACACCGAGGCGGCGGGCCUUGGUAUCAAGCCUUAA